UGGGGGGGUGCCGGGGCCAGGGCGGCUGCAUUCCCGCAGCUGCCUCCAUGUCAGGGUCACCCUGGGCCGCUCUCCGCACCUCUGUGAGGCAGCCUCCUGCUUCUCUCCUUCCCUCUCUCCUUCCCUCCGCAGCUCGGCUGGAGCGGGGUCCAAGGCCGGUGCCCUGGGGUCUGGGCCUGGGUGGGCUCUCAGCACUUCUUGUCUCCCUUGGUGUUCCCACUUUCCUACUCCAUGGCGGCCUUGGCUUUAACCCUUUCCCUUCUGCUCUGGACAGCUGAGCUUGAAUUUCUCGGGACAUUCAAGGGUCCCUGGAACACUGGGCAGUCCUGAGCUCUGGGAUGGAGCCUGAGGCGGCGCUGUGGGGCCCAGAUCUGCAGGGUCCUGAGCAGAGCCCCAACGAUGCUCACAGAGGUGCCGAGAGUGGGAACGAAGAGGAGAGCCCUCAGCAGGAAAGUUCUGGGGAGGAGAUCAUCCUGGGAGAUCCAGCUCAGAGUCCAGAAUUCAAGGACCCAUCAGAGAUGCCCCUGGAGAGACCCUCCCAGGAUCCCGCAGUCCCCGGGGACCCCCCGACCCCACCGGGUCACCCCAACCCUUUGGACCACCAGACCCCCCUGGACCCCCCCGCCCCCGAGGUAGUCCCCACCCCGUCUGACUGGACCAAGGCCUGUGAGGCCAGCUGGCAGUGGGGGACUCUGACCACGUGGAACAGCCCCCCCGUGGUCCCGGCCAACGAGCCCAGCCUGCGGGAGCUGGUGCAGGGUCGCCCCUCCGGGGCCGAGAAGCCCUACAUCUGCAACGAGUGCGGCAAGAGCUUCAGCCAGUGGUCCAAGCUGCUGCGCCACCAGCGCAUCCACACGGGCGAGCGGCCCAACACCUGCUCGGAGUGCGGCAAGAGCUUCACGCAGAGCUCGCACCUGGUGCAGCACCAGCGCACGCACACGGGCGAGAAGCCCUACAAGUGCCCCGACUGCGGCAAGUGCUUCAGCUGGAGCUCCAACCUGGUGCAGCACCAGCGCACGCACACGGGCGAGAAGCCCUACAAGUGCACGGAGUGCGAGAAGGCCUUCACCCAGAGCACCAACCUCAUCAAGCACCAGCGCUCGCACACGGGCGAGAAGCCGUACAAGUGCGGCGAGUGCCGGCGGGCCUUCUACCGCAGCUCGGACCUCAUUCAGCACCAGGCCACGCACACGGGCGAGAAGCCCUACAAGUGCCCCGAGUGCGGCAAGCGCUUCGGCCAGAACCACAACCUCCUCAAGCACCAGAAGAUCCACGCCGGCGAGAAGCCCUACCGCUGCACCGAGUGCGGCAAGAGCUUCAUCCAGAGCUCGGAGCUGACCCAGCACCAGCGCACGCACACCGGCGAGAAGCCCUACGAGUGCCUGGAGUGCGGCAAGAGCUUCGGCCACAGCUCCACCCUCAUCAAGCACCAGCGGACUCACCUGCGCGAGGACCCCUUCAAGUGCCCGGUGUGCGGCAAGACCUUCACGCUGAGCGCCACGCUGCUGCGGCACCAGCGCACGCACACGGGCGAGCGGCCCUACAAGUGCCCCGAGUGCGGCAAGAGCUUCAGCGUCAGCUCCAACCUCAUCAACCACCAGCGCAUCCACCGCGGCGAGCGGCCCUACAUCUGCGCCGACUGCGGCAAGAGCUUCAUCAUGAGCUCCACCCUCAUCCGCCACCAGCGCAUCCACACGGGCGAGAAGCCCUACAAGUGCUCCGACUGCGGCAAGAGCUUCAUCCGCAGCUCCCACCUCAUCCAGCAUCGACGCACGCACACGGGCGAGAAGCCCUACAAGUGCCCCGAGUGCGGCAAGAGCUUCAGCCAGAGCUCCAACCUCAUCACCCAUGUCCGCACCCACAUGGAUGAGAACCUGUUCGUGUGCUCCGACUGCGGGAAGGCCUUCCUGGAGGCGCACGAGCUGGAGCAGCAUCGGGUGGUUCACGAGAGGGGCAAGACCCCAGCCCGGAGAGCUCAGGGCGACACCCUGCUGGGGUUGGGCGACCCUGCCCUGCUGACGCCACCCCCCGGAGCCAAACCACACAAGUGUCUUGUCUGCGGAAAGGGAUUCAACGACGAGGGCAUUUUCAUGCAGCAUCAGCGCAUCCAUAUUGGAGAAAACCCCUACAAAAAUUCAGAUGGCCUCAUCGCACACCCAGCCCCCAAGGCGCCUCAGUUCCGACCCCCCAGGCUCCCUUUCGGAGGGAAUUCCUAUCCAGGUGCUGCGGAGGGCAGAGCCGAACCCCCAGGACAGCCCUUUAAAAUGCCUGAAGGGCAGGAGAGCUUUGGCCAAAGGCUGGGCCUGCUCUCCUCCAAGUCCUACAUUUGUUCCCACUGUGGAGAAAGUUUUCUGGAUCGGGCUGUGCUCCUCCAACAUCAGCUCACCCACGGCAAUGAAAAGCCCUUUCUCUUUCCUGAUUAUAGGAUUGGUCUAGGGGAAGGGGCAGGGCCCAGUCCCUUCCUAAGUGGAAAGCCCUUUAAAUGCCCUGAAUGCAAAAAAAGCUUUGGCCUCAGCUCUGAGCUGCUGCUGCACCAGAAAGUGCAUGCAGGUGGAAAACCCCAGAAGAGUCCAGAGCUGGGGAAGAGCUCUUCUGUCCUCCUGGAGCACCUCAGGAGCCCCCUGGGGGCCAGGCCCUACAGCUGCUCAGAUUGUGGGGCCUCCUUUCUCGAUCGCCUGGCGCUCGUCCGGCACCAGGAGACCCACACCCAAGAAAAGUCCCCCACCCCCGAGGAGUCCCUUCCAGAGCCAGCCACCCUGCCCACAAGCCAGGAAGAUGAGGGAGAGGCCUCCACCCGCACAGGGAGCAGCAGCCAUGGGGAUGGGGAAAACCCCAAGACCCUCUCAGAAGAAAAGCCCUAUUUGUGCCCUGAGUGUGGAGACGGCUUCGCAGAAGUCGCGGCCCUCCUCCUCCAUAGGAGCUGCCACCCAGGGGUCACCUUGUGAAAUGAGUCUGGAGACCAGGGGCCUCUCUCUCCUGAGAGGAACACUGGCUCUCCCCAGAAGUUAUGUGGGGAAAGGAGGAAAACCCUAUCAGAUUGUAGAGAAACGGAGCAUAAAGAACCCUGGGUAUAAAUAGUGCUUUUACAUCAGUAAUGAGAAACCCUAUAAAAUUGUUGGUGGGAACCACUUAUAAGAGGCAGUAGAGAAAAACUGUUGGGUUAGAAACCCUAUAAAUAUGUAGGAAAAAAAAAAGUCCUUUAAGUCUGUAGCAGAAAAACCCUAUAAACCAUAGUGGAUAAAAGCCCUAUUAAUUGUAGGAAGAGGUCCUAAUAUGUCUCUAGACAACCCUAUAAAACUGUUAUCAAAAUCCUUGUGAAACUAUAGGGUCGGGGAAGUGCAGGGAAUCCAAUGGCAUUGACUCGAGAGGAGUGACCCUCAGAAGGUGUAGAAGAGCCUCCCAUGAACUUGUUCCACAGUGUUCUCUCCCCCUGGAGUACGGGAGGGAGCCUCUCUCACCAGAAGACUUGGACAGUGACACUGAGGAAAAUGCUCAGCUGGGGACUAGUGUGGGGAGAGGCGAAAAAUAAGUGAUGCGGAGCCCCCAGACCCACAGAGAAGAAACGACCCAAGAAACUAGGAAGAGAAAGUCCAGCUCGCUGCACUGGGGGUUCCUUGGGAUAUGAGGCCAAUCUUAGGUGAUUGUGUGUUAGAGGAAGAGGCCCAUGGAAUUCCUUAUCGGGAAGAAUCAAAAAAUGGGGAAGGAAAAAAGUGAUGGCAAGCCUUUUUAAAGGCUGAAAUCUGGGGUGCAUAGAAACUUUAAGAAUACUGGGAAGCCACCGCAAAAAUUGGGGGGCAGGAGGGAGAUUUCUGUUCGUGCUUUGAGGAAAGCAAACCAAGGUGAAGCUGUGGAUGGAACCCAGCCAAUUCGGGGCUGCCCAGUCCUCUCUGUUUCCGGGAGCUUGUUAAGCUACAAGUGCAAGCAGAUCCCAGCUCAGGCCGCCGGGGCUCCCCGCAGCCAGGCAGGAUGGGGAACUUCUAGUCUGAGAGGCCUCCGGGGCUGGAGGGUCCCUCCUGCCCAUUCUCAGGUCUCACUGUCAGGAGGUUUCUCCUGAAAUCUAACUGCCACCAGGUCUCACUUCCUCGAAUUCUGUCCUUAGUGGAGAGGGGGAGCUGCUGCUAGUCGACCUCCAAAGAAUAAAGCCCUUCAGAGACUCAAGGCCUGUGUGUGGUUAAAUCCUCCCUAGACGUCUCUCCUCCAAGUCAGUGAGAGUCAUGUGUGGGUUCUCUGUGGCAACGAGGGACAGCAAGUCGACAGAAUAGAGCGCUCAUUACCCAGCAACCUGCUUUUAAACCUCACUUAUUCAUCUGAGCUGCUCGCGAGGCUGCUGGCGGGAUGAGCCAGCCUGCACGUAGUGGUGGGGGUCCAAACACCCUCCCAGACUGGGCCAUGGGUCCCUGAAGAGCAUACGGAGGCCUGGCCACCUUCCUCCCCCUGGUACUUGGAGCUCUCUGAAGUCGUGACGCCCCGGCCUGAUCAUGGUCUUGGAUGGGGACAGAUCCCACCCACUUGGCUCCUCUCCUCCUCAGCCAGCAACCUUCGGAGGGAAAUGGGAGGAUAAAAACACAUUCCCUGGCCCGACCCAUCUCCUGUCUUCACACACCACACAGUUCCACUCUUUCAUUAACGCCGCCAGACCCGCUAAUGUGACUGAGUGUGUGUGGCAGGGGAGAGAGACUGCUGCCCUAUAAAAUGGUUGAGUGAAAACUCUUCAAACAUCUGUAACAAGAACCCCACAGCGUCACCCUGGAGACCCUUAAGGAAAGCGAGGACUCUGUCCAGUGCUGGGUCUAAAAGAAGUGCCCACUGACCCACGCUGGUACCACUAACGCACUGUGGUCCUGGAGUCAGAACUGAGAUGCCGGGUGAGGGGGCCCUUCAGGAGUCGCAUCCCUGGAGAGGGCGACCGGACUCCUCAAAGCUGUGGAAGAGACCUCUAAUUCCAUUACCCAAAAGCUCAAAAGGUGAAAGCCCUUCACCCUUCAUCUCUCCUGCCCCCAAAGGGAUGACCUUGAAUUCAAAGGAUCAAAAUCUAGAACACUGCAAGAGGAAAAACCCAGGCCUGCUGGGGAGAAGGAAAAGGCAGGUCUUGGAUAAUUGUGGGGAGACCCUUAUGCCAUUUGUGUAAAGCCCCACCCCACCCAAGUGCCAGGUCAGAAAGCACUACUGAGAGGGGAGAAGGAGCCUGCCUGACGAAUCUCUACUGACAGAAGCGUCAACAAAGGGGGUGUCCCUAUGAGACUGAGGAAGAGACCAUUCUCCAAGUCAAAGAUUUUUUGUUAAGAUGAUAGUAGAAAGAAACUUCAGUUGUAGAGACAAACCCCUUGUAAAGCUAGAAGCAGCGCCCCUCGGAAACAGGUCUGAGGAAUCUGUCUCCAGGAGAGUCCUGGAGAGCAGCCUUUGGGGCUCAGGGGCCGGUCCCGGGGGGGAGGGGAGGUGGUCAGUAUGGUCAAAGGCCAACUGUAGGCCUAUUGAGGACUAGGGUGUAGCACACGUAGUAGGAUGCUCGCAUGUUGUAGGGAUGGGUGAGGGCCAGCGGUCUUGGCUCCGGUACUGAAUGGAUGACGUGGACACGAUUAGGUGGGGUCUGGGGUUUCAUAGCAGGAAAGGGGCAGAAUCGGAGACCUCUGGGGGGUGACCUGUUCUCUCUUGCCCACCUCCCCAAACACCUUUACCCAGGUGCUUCCCUCCCAGAGUGAGCUACAUCUUAGGAGGAACUAAGCAGGGAGCUGGCUUGGGGAGGUGGCAGUGUCCAGAGUCUCUCUGACCAGAGUAGGCAAAGGUCCAGGGGUCGGUCGUGGCACUUGCCACCAGAACUUAGUCCGGAAGGCGUGGUGUCCCCAAACCCUUCUGUCCAGCUCCACGCAGGCCUGACUUCAGAAGUGCCCUGGGGGAGGAGCCCAACAGACAGGGUCACAGAGUCACUGGUGAAAGCAAGGGGGGAGAGGGGACAUUGAUCUGAGCUUAGGGUACAACUUGGAACUGCUAUGGCUACGGAGGUCACAUGGGAACUCAACAGAAGCAGGCAUGAAUCCUGAAUGGUGGGGAAACUUGAAACCAUCACGACCAAGAGGUGGGAUCCCAUGACACCCGCUCCUCAGGUGAGCAGCCCCCAGACUCUUUUGCCCCCAUUAGGGAAGCCCCACUCACCUGACUUGUCUCCGUGGAGUGAAGAGAGGCCCCACUUUUGAGUGUUGUGUGUCAAUAACAGUGUUGUGUCACCGGUGGUCAUGUUGAUUAGUUGAAGAGAAUAAAGGGAAUAAGAUUUC